AUGCCAAGAAAGAUUUCACGUCGACCAAAAUCAUCCUGUGCCAAUGCUUAUCAUCAUCUCAGUUUUGCAUAUGAUGAUUCAAGUCAACCAAGAAACAUCUCUGAAAAUUCAUCAAUAGCAAAUUUCACCGAUUAUCCUAGAAUUCAUUCCAGUAAUUCUCCCUCAUUCAAUUCAUCACUGACUCAAUCUUUUUCUGAUCAACAACAAUUAUCAUCUGUGAUAAAUGAUACAAUUUUACCGGAUAUAAUUCCUCCGUACACAACUUCCUAUGGAGCAUUUGAAGAUUUAUGCCAAAGAAUGACAGUUACUGUUUCAUCCGACACUUCGAGAGUAGUUACGAUGGAUACAUCAUCACCUCUUUCACCGCCAUCCUCACAAAUUCCUUUACCUGUUUCUGAAACAUUGAGAUUGUCACCUGCUACCUCAGCCAGUGACGUUUCCAACUAUAAUGCUAAUGGACAAGGUAAUUCUUUUACCCAAGCAUUCCCUCAGAUGUUACCGCCGCCACUUGAUUAUUUCCCACGUGCUCCGAGACCAGUGAAUGCUGUACCUGAGUAUCCCUUAUAUCAGUAUUUCAAUACAAUGACAGAUUUAUCUCAACCAGCAAUUAGUUGGCUCCAAGAUAAUCGAAUGCUUCUUCAAACAGUUAUAACAGAAUUUGAAAAUGCUAAUCAUAAUUACAUGAUGUUUUCAUGUUCGGUAACAAGGAUUCUCAGUGCUAUAAUAGAUAAAGCAAGGCAUGAUCAAACUUUUGAUAAUGAUUUUUUGGAUUCGCUACAAGUUUCAUCAGAACAACUUCUACAAAAUGCUACUGCUUACUAUAAUGCUAACUUAGCUUUUAUGUAUACUUUUAUACCUCGUCAAUGA